AUGCAUUACGUACAGUAUGAGGAAGACGGAGAAAACAAUCGCGACGAGGAGCAGCACGGCAUUUCUCACUCAAUGGACAUGCAUGCAGGCGACGGGCGAUAUAGCGAGGGCCUGCCGGCCGACCGUACAGCGAUAUGGGAUGACUUGGCAACGGAUCCUCGAACGCGGCCUUUGCUUCGUCUAGUUCCGCAUGAGAGUGUGGCGGUCACACGCGGGCGCUCAUCUUACUCAGCGCACACAUCGAUUCUUGGCGCAGCCACAGACGACACCGAAAGGCGUGCGGGCUGCGGGCAGGGCGAACAGCAGGCGAAGGCGAAUGGCUGUGCGGUGGCAGAUGACUCGACGCACCGAGACUCGGCCACCGCGUCGUUGGCUGACAAGCACACGGCGCCAUCUACUUCCUCAGGCCUUUUACCUCUCUCCUCAGGCAACUGUGAUGUGCGCCUUGACAUUCUCGAAGAGGUAGAGCUGUGUAAUGUGGCCCCCAUACUGCCUCGCACAUUUGCAGUAGAGCAGCUAGUGCAGCAGAUUGUGCCGUGCACCCACGCUCUCGCAUCCCCAACGCCAUCGCCGGCCAUCGCGGAGAGUGUGUCGUCCGCUGAGCUCGCUUGUGAUGCAGCCAUCUCACCUUCAGCGGUUGGGCCCGCGCAACGGCUCUGUAUCACCCCUCUUCAUACAUCCAUGACGGGUCGGUGUCUAGCUCGCUUGCGGAAGGUGUCUGAUGAGCAUCUUGCCUUUCUGCGCGCGGCGAAAAGUUCACUGGUGACGACAGGGGUCGUGACGAGCGCUUUGGCUGAAAAUGGUGAAGCUUUCAUCGAAGACGGCAGUGUGCUCCGCGCGCGCAUGGCGCUGCCCUGUGUUCCAGUCUACAUGCAAGCCACAUCGGUGGCGACGUACGGAGGCAGCGACAACGUCAGCUCGACGGCAACGCACACUGGAGAAAGUAGUGACGGUGACCCUCAUGAGGGCAACGAGCAGCAGAGCUCGGAAGGGGGCAAAGGGGAGGUGCCGACGGCACCCCCCAUCGUUGGGAUAUCUCAGCCGUUGUUGUCACAGCUGGCGGACUUCAGCAGCCACAGAGGCGCUAUGGGGGUGGCUUUGGCUCACGAGGCCCAGGCACCACAGGCAGCUGUCACAAUCUCGGCAGUGCAUUCUCGCUUGGAGGAACUGCUGUUAGCUGGCAGCGACAACGCACCAAUGCCACGGGAAGCGAGUGAGUCGGUCUCGCCCAUCAGCGCAUCGUUAGCAGGAGCGAUGUUCACCGCUAACGCCACAGCCGAGGCGUCUCUGCGUGGCGCACUUAAUGAUCAUCUUACAUCGCCGAGGCAGGAGCGACCGGCUCGAGCACCAGGCUCCCCAACACCGUCUUCAUUGCCGACGUCGGCUUCGAUGGAGAAUGUGGCAAGUUGCUUGAGCGAGGAAAAUAUCGCAUGCACAUCAUUCGCCGCAGCGCAGGCACGCUACGAGCGGUACCGUCAGUUCCUACCUCCGAGAUGCAGAGCCGGGGCUGGCUUCUCCAUCAACUCAGCAAGUGCACAGGAUAGCCCAACAAGGUUGGGAGGGCAGAUCUCCCCCACAGACGCAGCACAAUAUGCUCCUUCACCGUGCACAGCCGUGCUGCCCAGAUCUACGGAGGACUUGGAAACAGCUCAGGAGUUCUGGUUCACCGCCGCCGCGGCGUCUCUCGCACCAUCCUCCAUGACAGAUACAGCGACAAGCGUGGCGGCGUCAGCGAUGGCUGCCACAGACACUGGCGCUGACGAUGCCGACCUCGUGCCAUUUAUGACUACCCUUUCACGGCAGCGCUGCACUCAGCGGCUCUGCAUACCGCUAGAGUCGUCGAGUCAGCAGGGGUCUCGUGGGCAGCAGCAGCCGACACAUCAGCAACCCCUACACGCGAGUCAUCAGCGGCAAGGCGGUGCUGUCGUGGAGUGGUCCUCCGGCGCUGUCAGCUACACCGCCGACACGCUGGGGCUCUACGAGGAGCAACAGGCACGUUCGCAGCACUUUUACCAUGUGCUGCCACCGCCUCCUCCGUCUCCUCCUCUCGCUUCUGCCGUGCCGGGUGCGCGGUCCGUGAACACUGCUCAGGGUGACGGCAGCAUCAGCAGCUUCGCCUCCACGGAAGACCGGUCCAGCUUGCGAGGUGCUGUGCUCGCUCAGCUGCAGCGGCUCAGUCGCCUUCGCAGCGUUGAAUGCGCUGUUGCGCAUGGCGCAGCAGUGCUUGAAGGUGAGGACACUAUCGAGCCUGUCUUGCUUGAAAACAGGAGGCCUAUAGCUGGGGCGGCGCGCGUUUCACCUCAGCCGCCUGAUCCUGUGAAAGGGCAGCCGUCAUUGUUGCCGAGCAACUCUUCAACCUCUACACGUCACACCAUGUCGACGGUAGCUCUCUCCGUCUGUCAGUGCCGCUGCUAUCGCUGUCUUCCCCUGCUUGUGCAGUUCGCGCAGGUGCCAUCGCUGGCGUCGCCUGUGCUGCGUCGCUACCUUGAUGUGCUUCAUCAGACGGCUCUCCCUGGACUCCCCGCACAGGAGCGGCGCCAUGGCGCUGAUGUCACGUCUGCCGUGGAGGUUGGCGCUGUUUCCUCACCCGAGGAAGCUCGAGAACCAGCGACGCAGCGAGUGCCAUCUUGCAUGACUGAAGCAGUGGCAGAGAGUGGUGGUCCAGGGGAGACGACGGUCGCUGGCGCCCGCUCAUCGAGCGAUCGACGUCAUCGUCGUGAGACCGCUCACAAAAACAGUCGGCACCGGCGCUGCAGAGCGGAGGACAAGGUGAAGACUGCGAACGGCGCCAAAGGGCGUAAAAGGGGGCGUGAGGAGAAGACUGUGGUGACGCGCACCAGGCCUCACUCACCUCAGACAGGUGGUGAUCCACAACGACCGCGUGUCGCAGCAGAUCCGCUGAAGGUCUUCCCAGCGCUACAGCAGUGGCUGAUGCGCAGACAGGAAGGCGGCACAACAACACAAAGAACGUUACCGAACGGGAAGCGCAGCACGACGGAGUCGGGUGGCGCCGUGCUGCCGUUGUCCGAUGACAUCCAACAGUCUGGCGGCGCGUUCUUGCAGCCGGUAGCACAGGUGACGACAUCGCAUCGGCAAGACACGGAAACCUGUGCAUCUGAUGCGGCUCUUCCUCCAACCUUACCCAGCGAAACCUUGAGCGGCGAGGUAGGCUCUCUCGACUGGGUUGAUGACGCAGUGCUGGACGAGGUUGUCGUGGUUGGUGUCGUGCCGCGCGGGCAUCCGCACCAGCUGCAGCUUGUGGCACCAUCUCGCGCCUUCUGUCUGACCCUCACUCAACGGCUGGAGGAGGUUGCCGAGGCAGCCGUGCAGAUCCUUGGAUUCCUGACGCCACCACAUUCAGCCCCGCUUUCAUCUCUGCUAGCUGGCAUGCGGAGGGCCCCAGAGGCGGCGGCGGCAACGACCAGUGCGUCUUCUUCCGAGACCACCUCUGAUUGGCGGGCCUGGCUCGAGACUCAGUACUUUGUUGCCAUGUGGACGACGCUGCGGCGACGCUUGACUACGGUGGAAUGGCAAACGGUGCUGCAGGAGGCGCGUGGCUCCCCUUUUCUCGCAAGGUGGACUACAGUGGCGGCUGCGAAAUCGAGCGCUGAGAGCGCUGUCUUUCGCGGCCAUCCGCGGUCCACCGGGAUUGAGCUUUGUCUGACCAGAGCGGGCGACGAGGGCGUGGCAGGGUCACCUGCGGCAGAGAAACACAAAGUCGAGGCGGCCGCAAUCGAGGUCCUCCAGGGCGUGCGGGAAAGCGUGUGCUCGGCCGCUGAGCUGCACACUUCUGCCUGCCUCAGCGCCGCCGAGGACAUUGUCACCCGUGUUGUCCUCACAGCGCUGGUCCCAAUUCUGCACCGCCGCAUCACCGUCAUGUACGAGUUGCUGCGGCAUUUUGCCUCCAAGUCGCUUUACAUGUCCCACCGUAUGCAGUGCGACGCGUAUCAGCACUGGUACAGCAUGACCCCGUCUCCCGCAGCUGUGCUGCGCCUCUUACAACGCAGUGGACGCUUCAGCAGAGCCCUGGCACGGUGCUACCCUCAGUAUGACCUUUUUCCCGUAACGCUGUCCGGGCCUACGACACUCGACGACAGCGACCACGCAGGGGCGGCCAAACGUGCCGCAGUGUCGUUGAUGUCAUUUCCUUCGCACCCGCAGAACAGGGCGAGGAAUGCGGCCGGUACCCCCACAGCUGCCUAUAACGUUGUGGAUAGAGAGUCGGAAGUGAUUGCAGACUUGUCCUCAAAACAUGAGGAGUACUUUCCUCAACUCGACAGUUUCUCAGCCAGCUGUGCGACUGCCUCUUCAGUGCGCGGUCAGGCACGCGUGACAGCGCCAGCGGAGGCCUGGGAGGUGGAGAGCCCUCUGUCGCCAUCCUCUUCCUCUUCGCUGACGACCACCGCGGCACCGACAGCUGCAACAUCUGCUUGGGUGUCGUUUCUCCAAUCUUGGAGCGACGAGGCGUCUACGCAAGCGCCUUUACAGCAAGAGCGGCAGCCGGUGAUGACGUACGUGCCGGAGGCGGCGCUGCUUGACCCCCGCUAUCUCCAGCGCUUUGCCUGGUGGAUGCACCGUGCUCAUCACAGCACGGGAACGAACGGUAGCGGCAGCGCUAUGACUAUUAGCAGCAGUGGAACUGGCGGGGCGGGUGUUAGAGCGCAGCCGCUUCCUCGAGUGGCCACUACAGUGCGCAUACCGGGAGACUAUCUGCGAGUUCUGCCUAUGCAUGAGCAAGACGCGUCUAUUCGUACUGUGCUGCGCAGCAUCGCACAGAAGGGGCGGACGCUGGACUUGUUGGAGAUGAGUCAGCACAUCCACACUCACUACGCGUCGUACGUGUAUCACUGA